CGCCGGCUGUCGUCACUGCGGUCGUCACGUGCGGGUGCCGGCCGGGGAAGGUACUCGGCCGCUGGGCAGAGUCCCCGGGAGCCCGAGCAUGAAGUGUCACUACGAAGUGCUGGGUGUGAAACGCGACGCGUCCGACGAGGACCUAAAGCGAGCCUACCGGAAGCUGGCCCUCCGCUGGCAUCCAGACAAAAAUCUAGAAAAUGCUGAGGAAGCAGCAGAACAGUUCAAGCUGAUCCAAGCCGCAUAUGAUGUGCUGAGCGAUCCGCAGGAAAGAGUGUGGUAUGACAAUCACAGGGAAGCUCUUUUGAAAGGAGGGGUAGAUGGAGGAUAUCAAGAUGACAGCCUGGAUGUGCUCCAGUACUUCACUGUUACGUGUUACUCUGGCUAUGACGACGAUGAAAAGGGGUUCUAUGCCGUGUAUCGGCAUGUCUUUGAAAUGAUUGCGAAGGAAGAAGAGGAAUCCAUACUAGAAGAAGACUUUGAAAAAUUUCCAAAUUUUGGAGAUUCUCAGAGUGACUAUGAUACGGUAGUCCAUUGUUUUUACGCUUACUGGCAGAGUUUCUGUACUCAGAAGAAUUUUGCAUGGAAGGAAGAGUACGACACUCGGCAGGCAUCCAACCGCUGGGAAAAGCGGGCAAUGGAAAAGGAGAACAAGAAAAUCCGGGACAAAGCAAGGAAGGAGAGGAACGAACUGGUCCGUGAGCUGGUGGCCUUUGUGCGGAAAAGAGACAAGCGAGUGCAGGCCCACCGGAAGCUCUUGGAAGAGCAGAAUGCCGAGAAAGCCAAGAAGGCAGAAGAGCUCCGGAGGCAGCAGAAGCUGAAACAGGCCAAGCUGGCAGAGCAGUAUAAGGAGCAGAGCUGGAUUACCAUGUCUGACCUAGAGCGAGAACUGCAGCAGAUGGAAGCCCAGUAUGAAAAGGAGUUUGGAGAUGGGUCUAGCGAGGAAGAGGAGCAGGAAAAAGAAAAGAACGAGGACCAAGAAUUGAAAGAAAAGCAAGAGGACAAAUUAAGUGAAGAAGGUGAUGCAGCCAACCUCUUUGAUGAACUCUACUGCCCUGCUUGUGAUAAGUCCUUUAAGACAGAGAAAGCGAUGAAGAACCAUGAAAAGUCCAAGAAGCAUCGGGAGAUAGUAGCCUUGCUGCGGCAGCAACUGGAAGAAGAGGAAGAGGCAUUUUCUCUCUCCACGGUUGAUGAGAAUGGGUGGAACAGUGAAGAGGAGGCAGAAGAAACAAUGCCCAAACAAAAGCUCUCAAAGAAACAGCGAAAGAAGCAAAGAACAGCAGGUACCCAGGAGCAGCCUUCCAAUGACAGCAGCCCUGAGCAGCAAGUUGAAGAGGCAAAACCGGUCAGCAGCAGUGAAUUUGGGGAGGUGUCUGAAGUAUCAGAAAAUAACAGCAAAAGCCAUAAUUCAGAUGAUGUUGGAGAAAUUUCAGUACCGACAGUAGAAUCCAAAAUUGAGGUGAAAAGCAAUUCUAAAAGUAAAGGAAAGAAAGCAAAAGAGUCCAAGAAAAUAUCUGCAAAAGCUUCUUCAGAGGACCAGAUAAAGCCUGAAGCUCCCCUCCAGUGCGUUACCUGCAGCUGUGAAUUUCAGUCGCGGAACAAAUUGUUUGAACAUCUGAAAGCCACCGGGCAUGCCAAAGCAUUACAAACAUCCACCGCCAACACAGCUAUCAGCAGCAGAAGCAAAAAGGAAAAGCGGAGAAACAGAUAGGUUUUCUGGAAAGCGUUGAGAACUGCUGGGCCAUUCAGCAUUGUCCCAUAAAAAGACACCUUGCUGGCCCAAAGAGAGAGAGGCUUUUCCCAUGUAACUUCACCGGGAUGGAGACUGUUGGGUCCAGCCAUAAGCAGAGUGGCAAAACAUUUAAAGCUGUGCAGCACCUGAUACCUGUUUGUGUCUGUAUUUUGUUUCAUCAAUUGGGCUAAAACCCCAGGUGGUUCAUAAAGAGAACCUUCCUUCUCCUUAGACUUGUAAAAACCUACAUGUACAGGCAAAUGAAAUAAAUUAUUUUACUGUA